AUGGAUGCGGAUGAUGCCGAUGAGGAUGGGCUGGUGCUGUUGCGGGAGCCUCGCAGGCGCCUGGGUCGGGGCACCUCAAAGCCAACACGGCGCAGCUCCCCUGACAGACCCACACCGCGGGAAGCGCCAACGACUCAAGCCCCAACAACUCGGACGUCAACUUGUCCAGACUUCCGGGAAAAGACGGUCGACGAGCCGCGGAUGCCACACGAGCCGCGGACGCAGAUGCCGCACGAGCCGCCGGCGUCCACGGUUGCUGGCGCGAGGGGCUCGGGCGCCACAUCGUUGGUGGAGCUUAUCGACCGAGGCAUUUACGGCAUGGGCCCUGCCGGCCGCCGCGCGCGCCCCUCCGCGCCCCGCUCCGAGUCCCUGCCACCGGAGGGGAUCGCUGGAAGUUCCCGCGGUCGGGCGCGGUCGGGCCGAUGGGAUCAAGGCACGCGUGCGAGCCUGGAGCAGGCGGCAGCAGCUGGGUCAAGGCUGCGUGCACGAACGGCGCGGGGGAACUUGGCGCCACAGCAGCUGGAAGACUCGGAUCCCUGGGCAGCCUACUUUGGAGAGAAGGAUCGGGCAGAUCGGAGCGAUGUCCCGAUCUGGGGGCCGCCGCUGGUUCGGCGGCGCCGAGCCACGGCCGCGGAGCUCGGCGCCGUUCGCCGCGGAGCGUCGGGCGAGCUGACGACGGGGCACAUCCCCGUGCUGCGGGACGAGUCCAUUGAUUGCCUGCUAAGUGGAGCCGACGGGAGCGAUGGGUACUACGCGGAUGGCACCUUUGGUCGUGGUGGCCACGCCACGGAGAUCCUGCGGCGGCUCAGUGGCGCUGGACGGCUCUGGGCCUUCGACUUGGACCCCAAUGCGGUGGCCGUGGGACAGAAGCUGGAAGCGAUGGAUGAGCGCUUUACGAUGAUCCAUCGGCCCUUCGCCGACGUGAACGCCAGCCUACCUGCAGACGUGGAGUUGUCUGGGAUGCUUUUGGACAUUGGUUUUUCAAGUCCACAGGUGGAUGAUGGUGAGCGGGGUUGGAGUUGUUGUCAGGACGGGCCGUUGGACCUGCGGAUGAACUUCAAGGCUGGGAUCCCUGCGUGGAAAUGGCUGCAGACGACCACCCCUGCAGAGUUGGCCUCGGUGAUUUACGAGAACGGUGAGGACGACGACCCCAUCCUCUGUCAUCGCAUCGCGGAAGCGGCCUUGGAACGCCAGCGCCGGCUCGGUCCCUAUACCUCAACGCUGGAGUUGGCCACCUGCAUCCAGGAGGUGAAGCAAGGCUUGGAUGAUCGACGGCAACACCCGGCAAAGCUCGCAUUUCAGGGCAUUCGGAACUUCAUCAACCAGGAGAUGCAGCAGUUGGCGGAUGCCAUGGAAGCCCAGUUUCAACGCCUCAAGUAUGGCGGCCGAUCGGUGGUCAUCACCUUCAAGCCCAAGGAGGAGCAAGUCCUAGAGAACUGGUUGCGGCACAAUGAGGACGGCUGGGCCUCGCCCUUAGCCUCCAUGGUGAGUCCUGAUCGUCUGGGCGAACUCUUUCCGUUGCUCUCCACGGUGCAACCAUACUGCGCCCGACGCCUACAGCCGCCGCUGCGACCAACCAUGGAAGAGCUGCGCAGGAACAGCCGCGCACGCUCGGCGAUGGUGCACUGCUUCGUAAAGGAGCCUAGGAGGCCACCUUUCCAGAGGCCCCGAUGGCACUGGCUGAGGGAGUGA